AUGGAAAAAGGAGCACCUCCAAGCAUGUUUGUGAAUGACGGGUCUUUCAUGGAGAGAUUCAGACAACUUCAACAGGAGAAAGAUAAAGAGAAGGAUAAAGUUGCCCAUGUAGAGGAGUCUAAGCCUGUGAAGAUAAUCUCUGGGAUAUCAAAUCCUAAGUCUUAUGCUAAUAAAAUCUCCAUUGGAUUAAAGACCAAUGAUGCCCAGAAGAAAGGUGGCAAGCUUGCUUUCAGCUUGAAACAAAAGUCUAAGCUUCUUGCACCUCCUGUACUUGGUACAGAAGAUGAUGAGGACGAGAGGGAUGCGAACAAUGAUCAAGGCUUUGGAUCUGUAAAGCGUCAGAAGUUAGAGCAGGGAGACACGCCUGCAAAGUCAUCGAAACCAUCAGAUGUUGCACCACCUUCGCCCAGUGAUCCUACUGUGAAGAAAGUUGCCGAUAAACUAGCAAAUUUUGUUGCUAAGCAUGGAAGGCCAUUUGAGCAGAUUACACGCCAAAAGAAUCCUGGGGACACACCAUUUAAAUUUCUUUUUGAUGAGAACUGUGCGGACUACAAGUACUAUGCAUUCAGGCUGUCUGAAGAGGAAAAAUCCAUUUCACAAACCAAGGAAUCUGGUGGGCGAACGUCGACAACAGCAAACACUUCGCAAAAGCCAAGUCAGCAGCAAACAGGUUAUCAGAUCCCUGCUUCAGCUCUCUAUGAUGCUCCUGAGGAACCUAGAGCUUCCUCUAGAUCUGCUCAGGGAUCAAUGGCAAGACCUAGCAACAGUGACUCCUAUAGUGCACCGAGGGCUGCUGACCCUAUUUCAAUGAUGGAGUUUUACAUGAAGAAGGCUGCCCAGGAAGAGAAGAUGAGACGUCCUAGGCAGUCUAAAGAUGAAAUGCCCCCACCAGCUUCUCUUCAAGGCCCAUCCGCAACUCCCUCCACAGACCCUGGAAAGAGAGGUCAUCACAUGGGUGACUAUAUCCCAGUUGAGGAGCUAGAUAAGUUCCUAGCAAAGUGUAACGACGCAGCUGCACAGAAAGCCACAAAGGAGGCAGCAGAGAAGGCCAAGAUCCAAGCAGAUAACGUUGGACAUAAACUCUUGUCGAAAAUGGGUUGGAAAGAAGGUGAAGGUAUAGGAAGCUCUAGAAAGGGUAUGGCAGACCCUAUAAUGGCAGGCGAUGUAAAGACAAACAACUUGGGAGUUGGUGCUUCUGCUCCAGGGGAGGUCAAUCCUGAGGACGAUAUAUACGAGCAGUACAAGAAGCGAAUGAUGCUUGGUUACAAACACAGACCCAAUCCCCUGGGAAAUCCAAGGAAGGCGUAUUACUAA